AUGGCGGGGGGCAUGCUGUCGCUGCGGGACCAGCGCGCGGUGGUCAAGUUUCUGCGGCUGAAGAAGACUGACCCCACGGAGAUCCACAAGCAGCUGUCCGUGGUGCUGGCGGAGGGCGCCGCCUCCUACCGCGUCAUCCGUGAAUGGAUGCAGGACCUGCACGAGGGGCGCGAGGACCUCAUGGACCAGUGCUCGCGCUGCCUGCAGGGAGGCACCACCCUCAGCAACGGCGUGGCGCCCACAGACCCCGCCGUGGUGGUCAACCUGGAGGAACUGCUCACCUCGGACCGCCGCAUCACCCUGGAGCUGGCGGCGGACCUGGUGGGCGUGACGCAGCACACGGCGCAGACCAUCGUCACCAACGUGCUGGGUCUGAAGCGCGUGUGCAAGCGGUGGGUGCCGCGCCUCCUCACGCCCGAGCAGCGCAACGGACGCAUCGCCACGUGCCGCGAGCUGUCCGACCGCUACGAGGCAGAGGGCGAGGAGCUGUUGGCGCGCUUGGUGACGGGCGAAGAGGCCUUCGUCACCUACUACCAGCAGGAGCAGCGGCGGCCCUCCACCACCUUUAGGCAGCUGCCGGAGCGCAGCAAGAUGGGCAACAGUAGGAACCGCGUGCUGUACUCCAUCUUCUACGACGCCCAGGGUCUUCUGCUGGCCCACCCCGUGCCCGACCAGAGUGCCAUGACGGCCGAGUACUACUCCUACCUGCUGCGGGACCUGCUGCUGCCCGCCAUCAAGAGGAAGCGCCGCUCAGACACCAACAUUGUGCUGCUGCACGACAACACGGCGCUGCACAACGCCCGCGUGGUGAAGCACUCCCUCAAGGACCUGGGCGUGGAGGUUUUGCCCGUGCCUCCCGACUCCCCUGACUUGCUGCCCGCCGAGUACUGGCUGUACCCGCACCUGUGUGACCAGGUGCAGGGCUCCACCUUCAAGGACCGCUCCGCCACCUGGUCCGCCAUCAGCCACCACUGCAACACCUUCACGGAGACAGAGAUGGCCGCCUCGCUCAGGGCGCUGCCGGACCGCUGGAACAGGGUGGUCGAGUUCUCCGGGGGCCUGCACAUCCUUGCUUGCCGCCAGUCACGCUCCCCGCGCCCUCACCUGUGUCUCCCACCCCGCCCCGCCCUCACUGCACCUGUCGCCCCUGCCCUCCACGCCCAUCACGCCGCCCUCACCCCUGAGCCCUCAGCCACACACCACCGCCUGUGUUAG